AAUUUCAAAAAAAAAACCAUGUUUUCUGAAAAUGAAAAUCUAACAUUUCCUACUGUAUUUCAAGAUUUAUAUGAGGAUUUUGAGCCGAGUUUAAAGAAAAUGCACAAUUUGAAACAAUUUUUUAAAUUUGCUUCAUUUUUUUCCUGUUUUUCAACUUUUAUCACACUAAUUAUUGUAUGGAACGCAAGUGGAAGGCUGAAAAUUGAGUACCGUAACCUUCUUCUGGCUCAAUUGAUCCUUGCAUUUUGUGGCUGUUUUCUUAUCAGUUUGAUAUCACCAAGUUUUCUACUACCGUAUCCCAUGAUUUUUCUUUCGGGACCAUUUGCAAUGGAUUCUCGAGUGACGUUAUACCUCUCCUCCUUGGUCGUCCUACUGUACUUUUUUCCAACAAUGCUGUUAUUAUCCUUCGGCCUAAUUUAUAAUUUUAUGUCUCUCAAACAAAUGUCAUCCGUUUGGUUCCAUAUGUCUGUUGAGAGAUUUUUGAAAUGUCUAAUUUUCCUGAUUACUGUACUUUUGAUAUCUGGAAAUUGUUUGUUAGUGGCACAGGUUUCAAAAAGUCAGCCAGCGAUGCAACAGGAAAUUCUGGAAAAAAUCGAUCCACGAUUAUCGGAAAUGUUCGAGAAAUAUGCAGUUUUUGUAUUUGAUAUCUACAGUAUUCCAGUCAAAUUGGCUUCUAUUGAAGCCCUUAUUUUAUCAUUGGUUUCAGUGGUUUUUUGUUUGGUUUUGACAGUUUUAUCCCUAAAACAUUUCAACCGCCAAAAGCCGAAUAUGUCUCCAGCUACAGCCAAAAAUCAUCGAAUGAUGAUGUACAUGUUGCUCUCCUACGUGGCACAUUUCUUAUUAUAUUUCUCUUUCCCUCUGGCCGCUUUUAUCUUGGCAAUACAUGAUUUAAUGCCAUUUUUUGGUCCUAUGACAUUCCUUCUCAAUAUCAGCCCCGCCCACUUUUUGGGAUUGAGCCUUUCUUUCACCUAUUGCUUGAUUAUCAGCCCUUAUCGACGAGUAUGCAUUGCAAUAUUGUAUCUUCUCACUUGCACUGUUCAAAAACCAGAAGCAUUAAGAGGCCAAAACUCGAAUUCCAACUCAUCUGUAUCCAUAAUUGACAGUAUUAUGAGAAGACAUUCAUAUAGAGUGUCUUCUAGCACCUAA